CGCUCAGUUUGUCAUUUGCACGCGCUUACGCCGGUUGGGCCAACAACAAAAAGAAAAACAACAGCUAGAGAGCGAGAGCUAGCCGGACGGACCGACCGUCGAACUGACCGCCGUUGCUGUUGUUGUUGCGGUUUUUUGCCGCUUCGCGUCGAGUGGCAGCGUCGCGUGUGUUUUAAUGUAUUAAUUUUGUGCGCUGAUUUCAUUGCUAAUGCGAAUAUUUGCCUUAGCUUUAUUUAAACCGAGCAGAGGGGUGUCUCCACUCCGCCGUGUGGAAACGAGUGCGAAACGAGGCGAAACCCACAAACAGAGAGAAGAGAGGGCGAAUAAUGUGUAAAGAGUGUGCGGUGAAAUAAAGAAAAUAAUAAGCAAUAGCCAGAGACCAGACGACGCAAACGACGCAGACGACGCAGAAAGCUGAUUAAAGUAACAUGAGUGAAGAAUAACUGCAGAUAGACACCCACACUCAUCCAGACACACACGAACACACACAUCCGAAAAGGAAAAACCAUGCGAAAUAUCAGAAAUCUCAAGGAUCCCACCGCCACCUGGUGGGGAAUCCCGAUGCUGCUGUUCCUGUUGCUGUGGCUGGUGGCGCCCGGGCAUACGGAAUUGCCCAAAGUCAUUUGUCGCGAUCAUGACACCACCAUCACCUGUGACUGCAACAACGAGGAGCAGGCCAUGUUGUUGCCUCAGCUGCAUGGUGCCGUCUUUCAGGUGGAGGUGCGCAACUGCCGAGAUCUUGUGGUGGAGGCCUAUGCCCUGACCAAUACCGAGGGUCUGCGCAAGAUCUCUUUCCGCCAGCUGGGCCAGCUGGUGCUGAAGGAGUACGCCUUGAGUGUGCCGCGCUAUGCCAGUAACAAGGCUUUGAUUGUGGAAUUCGAGGCGGUCAAUCUCAGGGUGAUCGAAUCGCACGCCAUCAACGGGAACAUCGAGGAGAUCUCAUUCGUGGGCGGACGGAUCGAUCAGAUGCGUCCGUUUGGUUUUACCACCACCAAAAACAGUGCCAUAUUGCUAAAGAUGGAUGGUGUCACCAUUCAGCGGAUUGAGGGCCAGGCCUUCAAAAAGUUUGCCGUGGAGCAGCUAACAAUCGCCAAUUGCCAGUUCCUGGGUGACCUGCCCACGCGUUCCUUCUACGAACUGGAGGUGCUCAAUGAGCUGAGCAUGCGCAACAAUCGCUUCCAGGUGGUGCACUCGCACGCCUUCUCCUUUAAGCUUGUCUCCAAGCUUAGCCUCAGCGAGAAUCAUUUUGUGGCUGUGGACGGCGAGUGGCUGGAGGCGCAGAUUCGGGAUGCGGUCACGCUGCGUGGCAACGACUUUGGGGCCACCAGCGAAAUAGCCUUCCGCAGCCUGACCGUUCAUCGGAGCUAUCAGCUCAGUGAGCGACUGGAGUUGCGAUUCAACAACAACACCCUGCGCAGUGCCCGCCCUGGGUCGGACCCCACAACAGGCCAGCAGCAGGAUGUGGCAGCAGCAGCACCCCAGCCACUGCGCUUUGACGAGCGCUUUGCGUUGAGUCUGCGUGAGGUGCGCUACGAGAAUGCCUGGAGCUGUGAUCAGCUGGACACAAGCGUGGAGCCGCCACUCCCACGCUCCGACUUCUUUCGCCUGCACAGUGAGCAGCUGCUGUUCCCGCGCAACACCCCAAAUGGGGGCCAGCAGCGCCAGCAGCAGCAGCAGCAGCAGUUUGUGGCACUCCGUCAGCUCAUCCCCGAGCAGUGCCAAGCGACCAGCUAUGUGGCCUACAUUGUGACGGGCAGUGUGCUGCUGGGGCUGCUGCUGCUCAUCCUCCUGCUGCUGGUUUGGUGGCGUCUGGCCCAAAGGCGCAAGCGACGCAAACUGGAUGUGGUGCAGCCGGAGCCGCGAACCUACAAAGAGACACAGAUUGUAUACCAAAUCGAGAAUGCUGGCCUCCUGAAGACUGAUUUGUAG